UCGUCAGCACGCGCCGCCUAAAGUUUGUACGCAAUCGGACUCUACAUUGUUCUUCUUCUUCUCAGAGGCAUUUCCGCAAACACUUGACAUCACGAAAUAACCUGUCCUUUAAUCCUCACUGCCAGUCGCGUUCUUCGUCAACAGCUCCAAGAAUGGGAUCGGUCGCCGCGUUUAACGAGCUUCUGCAGUACCCCGUCGCUCGCCGGGACGAGUCUGUGGUUGAUAAUUAUCACGGCGUUGUGGUCCCCGACCCUUAUCGAUGGCUUGAGGAUUCCGAUUCGGCGGAGACGAAGGAGUUUGUGGAGAAACAGAUGAAAUUGACGGAUUCUGUACUUAAAACCUGCGAAACAAGGGAUAAGCUUCGUGAGAAGCUUACGAAAUUUUACGACUUUCCUAAGUACAAUGCUCCAUUUAGAGAAGGUGGGAAGUACUUUUACUUCCACAACACCGGUUUACAACCUCAAACAGUCCUAUACGUUCAGGAUAGUUUGGAUGGGAAACCUGAAGUGUUGCUUGACCCAAACACGUUAAGCACUGAUGGAACUGUGGCGUUGAGUGAAUAUGCAGUUAGUGAAGAUGCAAAGUACUUGGCCUACGGCACUAGUUCAAGCGGAAGUGAUUGGGUUACCAUUAAUGUUAUGCGGAUUGAUGAUAAGAUUAUCGAGCCUGACACCAUUUCAUGGGUUAAAUUUUCGAGUAUAAGUUGGACGCAUGAUAGCAAGGGUUUUUUCUAUAGCCGCUAUCCAGCUCCUGAGGAUGGAGAGAAGUUGGAUGCUGGCACAGAGACCCAUGCCAAUCUGAACCAUGAAUUAUAUUAUCAUUUUCUGGGUACCGAUCAGUCUGAAGAUAUCUUAUGUUGGAGUGAUCCAGAAAAUCCGAAACAUACACGUUCGGCUUCAGUCACUGAUGAUGGAAAGUAUGUUCUUCUGUAUAUUGGAGAAAAUUGUGAUCCCGUGAACAAGAUUUAUUACUGUGACAUAUCAUUGCUCCCCAAAGGACUUGAAGGUUAUAAAGGGUCAAAGGAAUUGCUUCCUUUCGUCAAGCUUGUUGAUAACUUUGAUGCUUCUUAUCACUAUGUUGCGAAUGAUGACACGAUCUUCACCUUCCUCACUAAUAAGGAUGCUCCAAGAAACAAACUAGUACGAGUUGAUCUGAGAGAACCCAGCUCUUGGACUGAAGUACUUCAGGAAGAUAAGAAGGAUGUGCUUGAAUCUGCAUCGGCUGUGAAUCACAAUCAACUUGUAGUUAAUUAUUUGAGUGACGUGAAAAAUGUUUUGCAAAUAAGGGACUUGAAAACAGGUGACUUUUUGCACCGCUUACCACUCGAUAUUGGAGCAGUAUCUGAGAUUUCUUGUCGACGUAAAGACAGCAUAAUGUUUGUCGGAUUUACAAGCUUUCUUGUCCCGGGUAUUAUAUAUAUGUGCAACUUAGAAGGUGAUGCCCCGGACAUGAAAAUCUUUCGAGAAAUAGUUGUUCCCGGUUUUGACAGGACAGAAUUUGAAUCCAGUCAGGUUUUCGUGACCAGUAAGGAUGGUACAAAAAUCCCAACGUUUAUAGUUGCGAGAAAGGGUCUUAGCCUGGAUGGCUCCCAUCCCUGUCUACUCUAUGGAUAUGGUGGAUUCAACAUCAGCAUUACGCCGUAUUUCACCGCUGCUCGUAUUUUGAUUGCAAAGCAUUUAGAUGUUGUCUUCUGCAUUGCAAACAUACGUGGCGGAGGAGAAUAUGGAGAAGAAUGGCAUAAAGCUGGCUCACUUGCAAAUAAGCAGAAUGUAUUUGACGACUUCAUAUCAGCUGCUGAGUAUCUCGUCUCUGCUGGUUACACGCAGCCUAAGAAGCUCUGUAUUGAAGGUGGAAGCAAUGGAGGCCUUCUUGUUGGUGCUUGUAUUAACCAGAGACCUGAUCUUUUUGGCUGUGCGCUUGCUCAUGUCGGUGUUAUGGACAUGCUAAGGUUUCAUAUGUUCACAAUUGGCCACGCAUGGACUUCCGACUACGGAUGCUCAAGUAAGGAAGAAGAGUUCCAUUGGUUAAUCAAGUACUCUCCCCUGCAUAAUGUUAGGAGACCAUGGGAUAAACCUUCAGAAGAAGGGUCACAAUAUCCAUCCACUAUGUUAUUGACUGCCGACCAUGAUGACCGCGUUGUCCCACUGCACUCCCUGAAAUUAUUGGCGACGUUGCAACAUGUCCUAUGCACAAGUGUGGAGAAGAGUCCUCAAACGAACCCAAUUAUUGGGCGCAUAGAACACAAGGCCGGACAUGGAGCUGGAAUGCCAACACAGAAAAUCAUCGACGAAGCUGCAGAUAGAUAUGCAUUCAUGGCUAAGGUGGUAGAUGCAACGUGGACUGACUAGAUUCUACCAAUCCCAUUUUACGAGAAUAUUACGAAAAUUACGCCAUUUCUGGAAUUUAUUUGCUUGAUUCAACGGUUACAAGUCCAAACUUUCUUUUAUUUCAUUCGUACCCUUGAUUGAUUAAUUUAUUCAUCUAUUACAUAUUUUCGAAAA